GAUUGGACACCCAGAGGUCAAUGCAGUGACGUAUAGGGAAGUGUACGGGAGGAAGACGGCACCGGUGAGAAACUGUUCACCUGAAUAAUGGCUGCCCCAGGGAAACUAGCGUCUUUCCGUCUGCCUCCCUUGCCUACUGUAGGCGAGCUCAUAAAGCUGUACAACCUGCGAGCGGAGAAACAGCUGUCCCAGAACUUUCUGUUGGAUUUGAGGCUCACAGACAAAAUCGUGCGUCAGGCAGGCAGUUUGAGGGAUGCCCAUGUGUGUGAGGUGGGUCCUGGUCCCGGGGGUCUCACCCGCUCCAUACUCAGUGCCGGGGUGUCAGAUGUGCUUGUGGUGGAGAAGGAUACACGCUUCAUCCCAGGGCUGAAGCUGUUGUCUGAGGCAGCACCAGGGCGGUUGAGGAUUGUCCACGGUGACAUACUCAACUACAGAAUGGACAGAGGAUUCCCAGAAAAUAUCUCUAAGCCAUGGGAAGAAGAUCCACCAAACCUUCAUAUCAUUGGGAAUCUACCAUUCAACGUCUCAACCCCCCUCAUCAUUAAGUGGCUGGAGAACGUAGCCAACAGAACAGGGCCCUUCGUCUAUGGACGCACCCGACUCACCCUAACCUUCCAGAAAGAGGUCGCAGAGAGGUUGACAGCCAGCACAGGCAGCAAACAGAGGAGCCGUCUGUCCAUCAUGGCUCAGUAUCUCUGCACGGUCCGCAACUGCUUCACCAUCCCUGGACGGGCCUUCGUCCCUAAACCAGAGGUGGACGUGGGAGUAGUUCACUUCACCCCUCUGGUUCAGCCCCAGAUCCAGCAGCCCUUCAAGCUGGUGGAGAAAGUCGUCCGGAACGUUUUCCAGUUCCGUAGGAAGCACUGCCAUAAAGGAGUAGAAAAGUUGUUCCCUGAGGCGUGUCGUCUUGAGCUGACACAGGAGAUGAUGCAGAAAGCGGACGUGGACCCCACUCUACGUCCUACAGAACUCACCAUACCCCAGUUCAGGGCCUUAGUGGAUGCCUUUGCUCACUUCUGCACCCAUGAACCCAGUCUCGUCAGCUAUGAGUUCAGAGAGGAGCUCAGACUGAAGAACUUCUCCAGGAAAACAAAUAAAACAAUGGACACAUUUAUGGACAAGCCAACCGGCACAUCACCAAGCUCUAAACAACCCUGCUAAAUAAAAUAAAAAAGUAUGGAAACCGGGAGAAGCCCACUAGCCUCUGUUAGAACAGGGAGACAACGGUGCUCUUAGCCUUGACAUUUCCACCUGGCAUAUGCAUGCAUUUUUAAAACGUUUCUCCCUGCUCCCAGGGAGUAAUAGGUAACUUGUUAUACUUGAUAUACAGGGACAGACACAAGAACCACAAGGCACAUAAAGAUCCUGGGUGAGUUAGAUCAGCUCCAAAACCUUGCUCCAGGAUGGGACAACUCAAAGCAGAGUCACGUGUAUUUGGGAGAAUAAAGAAAGCAUGCUAGUUAACCACAGUAGGUCUUUAAGAGUGAGCAUCUCUUUAUGUCCCAAUUUUAACUUCAGAUCCAACUCCAUAACAUCUUGUCCUGUGGGACCUGAAAAAAACGUCAGUGUUUUCAGGGUGAUUUAGGAAAUGGGAACAACAUGGCAGCACCAUAUCCAGGCCAUUUUCCCUUCUCUAAGUACUGAAUUGCUUAGUCACUUGGGAGACAGAGCUUAAAGGGAGGAGGAAAGUGAUUGGAAUUUUUCACCUCCAGAAAGACUGUUGUUGUAUUAAAGCAAUCCACUGCUAAUGCCUAUAUUUAUUUAUUAUAUGUAUACAUCUAUAUAUAUUAAAAUAAUAAAUAAAGCAUAAUCUGCAAUUGAUCGUAAUUCACAAAAACAAUACAUCGUACGUAUAAGUGGACUUACAAUGGCACUGAUGUCAUGCAUCAUACAGUGUUUAUGACAUGUUUUUAACUAGAUCGGACCACCGUGUUGUUGUUUAAAG